AUGAGCUUGAGAGGGCCAUUCUCUCAGGCUGUGAGCGAUGCCGCCGCUGCGUUGGUUAAGGAAGCCUUCUUUGUGGUAGCUGCUGCUGGUAACGAUGCAACUGAUGCAAGCCGAUGGUCUCCUGCGUCCGAGCCUAGUCUUUGUACUGUUGGUGCCACUGACUAUUCAGACUCGCAUGCCCGGUUCUCUAACUUUGGCCCCCUUGUUGACAUUUAUGGUCCCGGCGUUGGUGUGUUGUCUGCUAAAGUUGGCGGUGGUUGCUUCUUGCAAAACGGCACGUCCAUGGCUGCUCCUCACAUUUCUGGUAUUGGUGCCUACUACCUGAGCCUGGGUAAGCCUGCGAGCAGUAUGUGCACAUUUCUUCAGGGCCUUGCUCUGAAUGGGGUUAUUUCAGGGGUUCCCAGAAACACGAUGAACUUGCUCGGUCAGAAUGGCAUCGGUGCCUAA